AUGGCUAAUACUACUGAUGGCCUGCUAUACCAGGCAAGAGAAGAGAUGAUGGCAUUUGCCUUUGUGUCAGUCGGGUCUUGCUGUGCUUUCCUCUACAUUAAUUGUGUUCUUUUGUUCACACUGAGAAGCAGGCCAGUGUUCUGUGAGACCUCCCGUUACAUUCUUCUCUUCAACCUCCUACUCGCAGACACAGCUCAGCUGACAUUGAGCGAAACUCUUUACUUACUGGCUGCUUGCAGAAUAAGACUGACGCUCUAUCUGUGUAGUGUUUUAGUCAUGACCUCGAUGCUCGUGGCAUCCAUUUCCCCUCUCACACUGAUGGUGAUGUCAGUGGAGAGAUACGUGGCCGUGUGCUUGCCGCUGAGACAUGCAGAAAUUGUCACCAUCAGGAGCACAGCUGUGGCCGUCACCACCAUUUGGGUCUUCAGUUUAGUUAAUAUCCUCAUCCGGAUUUUUAUUUUACUAAAUCUGAAACAUGACAUCUUAUCCAGUCAGCCCAUGAGGCAUUUCUGUUCCAAGGAGGCUUUUUUUUUUGCACCAAUGUCUUAUUACUAUGACAAAGCCUAUUCUGGCUUUGUCUUCAUAUCAGUAGGGAUGACAAUUAUUCUCUCUUAUAUUGGCGUGAUGCUUGUAGCCAGGUCUGCGUCCACAGACAAAGCUUCAGCCAUUAAGGCAGGUAAAACACUCUUGCUCCACCUGAUACAGCUUGGUUUGAUUCUUCCCUCUACUAUACACUCUGUCAUCCUCACACUCUUAGCAAUUACAGCAGACAAGUUACUGGUGGUGCGUCUCCACAACAUUUUCUUUGUUAUCUGCCACAUCCUCCCCAGGUGUUUGAGUGCUCUAAUCUAUGGCCUCAGAGACCAAACCAUCAGACAUGUUCUCAUGUCUUACUUCAGCUGUCAACAGAAAUGUUCGGUUUUCCCCACAAACGCUAAUACCAACUGCAUGUUAGAAUAA